CUCCGAUUCCUAACUCUUUUUCGUCCUCUUUCUCUGCUCUUUUCUUAAUCCUUAAAUUAAAAUCCUACAGCUCCACUUUCCAUGUUUUUUUUCCCUUUCUUUUCUUUUCUUUUCUUUUCUCUUUCCUUUCCAGUAUAAUAAUUAAUAAUUGAAAAAUAAAUAAAUAAAUAAAUAUAUACUGCAUCUGUGAGAAGUCAUAAGUCAUAAACCACAUCCACCACCCACCGUUGUCUAUUAUAAAAUAACUGAGCCAUUUCUUAGUGGCUCCACACAGUCUCUUCCUGCGGCCACCAUUGUUCAAUUCUUUCUUCUUCAAUCUCAACUUUAGUUUAUAUCAUGGCUCUCAAUAUCUCUUCUCCAGCUGAAGUCAAGUCCAUUUUUUUCUCUGACCCCUUCAAGUCUAACUGCCUCACAGCAAAAUUCCCAGGUGGCUUUGCUUUCAAAAGAAGAGAGUGUGGAGCAGCAUCUGGAAGGCGAAUUUCUUGCUUAGCGCAGACACCACCUCCAGCAUGGCCAGGGCGAGCGGUUCCUGAACAAGGACGCAAGACUUGGGAGGGACCAAAACCCAUCUCCAUUGUGGGAUGUACUGGUUCAAUUGGAACUCAGACACUAGAUAUUGUCGCAGAGAAUCCAGACAAGUUUAGAGUUGUGGCACUUGCAGCUGGUUCAAACAUUACUCUUCUUGCAGACCAGGUAAAAAGAUUCAAGCCUCAACUUGUUGCUGUUAGAAACGAGUCCCUAAUUGCUGAGCUUGAAGAGGCCUUGAAUGAUGUUGAACAAAAACCUGAGAUCAUCCCUGGAGAGCAGGGAGUCAUUGAGGUUGCUCGUCACCCAGAUGCCGUCAGUGUAGUCACAGGAAUAGUAGGCUGUGCAGGACUGAAGCCAACAGUUGCUGCGAUAGAAGCAGGGAAAGAUAUAGCUUUGGCCAACAAAGAGACGUUGAUUGCUGGAGGUCCUUUUGUUCUUCCUCUUGCUCGGAAGCAUAAUGUAAAAAUACUUCCAGCUGAUUCAGAACAUUCUGCCAUUUUUCAGUGUAUUCAGGGAUUGCCAGAGGAUGCACUUAGGCGAAUUAUUUUAACUGCAUCUGGAGGUGCUUUCAGGGAUUGGCCGGUUGAUAAAUUGAAAGAUGUUAAAGUUGCUGAUGCAUUAAAACAUCCCAACUGGAAUAUGGGGAAAAAGAUAACUGUUGACUCUGCUACCCUUUUUAAUAAGGGUCUAGAAGUAAUUGAAGCACAUUACUUGUUUGGAGCUGACUAUGAUAAUAUUGAGAUUGUCAUUCAUCCACAAUCAAUCAUACAUUCAAUGAUUGAAACACAGGAUUCAUCUGUUCUUGCACAGUUGGGUUGGCCUGAUAUGCGUUUGCCAAUCCUCUAUACAAUGUCAUGGCCUGACAGGGUUUAUUGUUCUGAAGUCACUUGGCCUCGCCUUGAUCUUUGCAAGCUUGGUUCACUUACAUUUAAAACUCCAGAUAAUGUAAAGUAUCCAUCCAUGAAUCUUGCCUAUGCUGCUGGCCGUGCUGGAGGUACAAUGACUGGAGUUCUUAGUGCAGCCAAUGAGAAAGCUGUAGAAAUGUUUAUUGAUGAAAAGAUUAGCUAUUUGGAUAUAUUCAAAGUUGUGGAGCUAACAUGUGAGAAGCAUCAAAAUGAAUUGUUAACUUCGCCUUCCCUUGAGGAAAUUAUUCACUAUGAUCUGUGGGCGAGAAAAUAUGCUGCUAGUUUGCAAGACUCUUCCAGCUUGACUCCUGUUCCUGCAUGAGAAUCAAUAAACUAGGGAUGUGCCUUCUUUCACCAUAGUUUCUUUGUAUGCAAUGUAGAAUGAUGCAUUCCCCAGAUGUUGAAAAAUAAAUAGGUUUUUAUUUAUGCGAUGUUGGUGUUAUAACAUUUUUCAAUUGUGGUAAUUCCGUUCAAAAUAUUGUCCUUUUAAUAGUCAAUAGGGAGGUUGCACAUGCACAUGAAUGUGUCAAAGUCAAGAAGGGGAAUGGAUCUUCUCCUAUUCAAAUUUUACACAAUCCUCGUCAAGUACAAGUUUUGUAUUUCUAUCUUUUUUUUUUAAUAGACAUUAAAUAAGUGGAGUCUUAUAAAAAUUAAUAGAGAUAGACACAAAAGUUGACCUAUUAUGAUAAA